AUGACAUCCAGGUUAUUUCCAGAAGAAAAGCGCGGCGUGUAGACACUCUGCAGAAGUUCCUCUCUCCACAUAACCGCGCAUUACCUGAUUAUUAGUCCAGCUAGUGCAGUGUUGAGUCCUCGGGAAUGAGUAUCUGCUUCUGAAGGACAGUUUUUACCUCACAACGGAUCUUCUUUUAGGCGCGUCUCGGAGAUCCAGAAGCCCCUCAGCAGAUCCUGACAGAAAGCCGACAUGUGUGAUUUACUGCCCGCAGCUCAACCGGUUCAGAAGAUCGGUAAAAUGAAGAAACUACGGAGAACUCUGUCCGAGAGCUUCAGUCGCAUCGCCUUCAAGAAAGAAGACGGCGGCUUUGACGAGAUAUGUGUCACCAAGAUGUCCACUCGCAGCUGCCAGGGAUCGGACUCGGUCAUCAAGCCCCUGGACACCAUCCCUGAAGACAAGAAGGUGCGCGUGCAGCGAACGCAAAGCGGCUUCGAGACCUUCGACAAACCUACCAGUCAAGUGAAACGCGUUCACUCUGAGAAUAAUGCCUGCAUCAACGCCAAGAGCUCCUCGUCCGGCAAAGAGUCUCCCAAACUGCGCAGACACUCCAGUCCCAGCUCCCCCACGAGCCCAAAAUUCGGCAAAGCGGAUUCAUACGAGAAGCUGGAGAAACUGGGAGAAGGAUCCUACGCCACUGUUUACAAAGGGAAGAGCAAGGUGAACGGGAAACUGGUUGCUCUGAAGGUGAUUCGUCUGCAGGAGGAAGAAGGAACACCGUUUACAGCCAUCAGAGAAGCAUCUCUGCUGAAAGGACUGAAGCAUGCCAACAUUGUGCUGCUGCACGACAUCAUUCACACAAAAGAAACCCUCACACUGGUGUUCGAGUAUGUGCACACAGAUCUGUGUCAGUACAUGGACAAACACCCCGGCGGUCUCCAUCCGGACAACGUGAGGUUGUUCCUCUUCCAGUUAUUGAGGGGUUUGUCAUACAUUCAUCAGCGCUACAUCCUUCACCGAGACCUGAAGCCACAGAAUCUGCUGAUCAGCGACACCGGAGAGCUCAAGCUGGCAGACUUCGGUCUGGCUAGAGCUAAGUCCGUCCCCAGCCACACGUACUCUAAUGAGGUGGUGACCCUGUGGUAUCGUCCCCCAGAUGUGUUGCUCGGCUCAACAGACUACUCCACCUGUCUGGACAUGUGGGGUGUGGGCUGCAUCUUUGUGGAAAUGAUCCAGGGUGUCGCUGCUUUCCCGGGAAUGAAGGACAUUCAGGAUCAGCUGGAGAGGAUCUUUCUGGUUUUGGGGACGCCGUCAGAGGAGACGUGGCCAGGUGUUCACUCACUGCCACACUUCAAACCAGAUCGUUUCACAGUCUACAGUCCCAAAAAACUCAGACAAGCCUGGAAUAAGCUGGGUUAUGUAGAUCACGCUGAAGAACUGGCUUCCAGGUUUCUGCAGUGCUUCCCAAAGAAGCGUCUCUCAGCUCAGGCGGCGCUUCAUCACGAGUACUUCAGCCAUCUGCCCUCCAGACUCUGGGAGCUGCCGGACAUGUCUUCAAUCUUCACGGUGGCGGGUGUGAAGUUACAGAGUGAAUCUGGCGACAGCAGUAAGAGCAACAGCCACGGCAGAGCAACAGCUAACAGCAAACACUGAGACACACACACACAGGUUGGCGCACUCAGCCAUCAAGACAAGAAAAGGAUGAAAAAAGAGACUUCAUGUUUAUUUAAAUAAUUUCAGGCGUAUUCGACCGGCCAUGUGGGACUGAGAACAGGAACGUGGAGUAACAAACAUUCCCACAUCGACGGCAUGCAAACAAUGCCGGACGUCAAAAAGGCAAUUAACACGAACUGUUUGUUUAUGUAGCUACCUAUGUACGAAUGUUUGUACAGUUAAAUAUUUACGUGUCUAUCUUGGAGAACAAACCAAAUGCCCUCCUCCCGCGCACAAUCACGCAUUAACGAUUUCGCAUUUCCUGCAAACUUCCACAUUGUUGGCUAUGGUACGAUUUAAUAACGUGACAAUAACUAAUAAUCAUAAUAAUGCGUUCGCUCACUGCAGGGACUGCGAUAAAGCAAUUAACAGUAAUGGAGGAGAUCUGCGUACUUGAGUUUCUCUAUACGUAUGUUCGUGCGUCUACAUGUUAAACACAGGCAAUACACUUGCACUGGUGCUACUGUGCACGAGAAAGAAAUUUGCUAGUCUACGUUCGGAAAUGAAUCUGUUUUCGUUGUUUCGUCCAAAGGCCCGUGACAAUCUUUGAAUAAAUUGCACUCACUAAGACUACGUUUACAUGACAACGAUGUAGCUAAAAAAAUGGAAACCUUUUUGCUUGCGAAAAAAAGUUGCACGUUUACGCGAUAACAUUUAUUUUUGAAACUAAAAUCUAUGAAAAUGGUCAAAAAGGCUGUAUUGCGUAUGCCAGGUCAACGCAAUCUAACGGUAUGUUCAUAACUUUUUUAUUUAGUGGCUAAUUCGUAUCAACUUGUACGAUCUCUUUUGUAUAUUUUAGUAUGAUUUGCUCAUCCCCAAUAAGGGCAGGAGUUUGAGGCCACGCCUCCUUUUAAAAAUGUACAAUUUCAUAAAUGAAAUCGUUUAAAUUUGUGCGAAUUAGGCACUUUUCUGAUAACACAUAAAAUAGUUACAUUUCCUCGUAAGAUUACUAUUACCAGGCCAGUAGAUGGCGCUGUCAUCUUGUUAGUAAACAGUGCCUAUAAUGAAGUGACAUUGGCGACUUGGCGCUUAUACAAAUUUGUCUAAUAUAUAAUACGUGUUGUUGUAAUGUAAACUCUGCUGUUGUGUGUAAUGUAAAGUAAAUCCGCACUUUGCUGAUGUAUCGUUAGCAACAACACAACCACACACUCCACCAUUGUUGUGUGUUUUAGUUUAGUUUAGUUUAGUUUUAGCUGGUCUUUAAUAUAUAUAUAUUAAUCUUUAACCUCCAUAAACACACACCAUGUGUGAUGUCAUCGUUUCUCUUGUUCUCAGGUGUUCACACAGAAACAACAAUGGCAGUGUUUUCGAAAAUAUCUACUUCGAAAUUUGUUUAAUGAUUUAUUCGUUUUCAUUUAUUAGGUUGGUUUUGUGGUGUAAACGAACAGGCUAAUCGAAUUAAAAGUUUCCAGUUUUUGGCUGAAAACGUUGUCAUGUAAACGGCCCCGAAUUGAUCAGUAAAUUUCCGUUGAGCGGUAUGGUUUGGUACGCUACAGUACACAUUUAUGUCCAUUUCCACUGUCAGAAUACCAAAAAUAGUGCGACUGUUAAUGUAAGGGUAACCAGUACAACAGUACAGCACUAAAGGCUAAAAACUAAAAGCUAGACUCCCUGCUGAAUGCUGAUUGGUUUACAGAGAAUCGUCAUUUUCAAUUUCAACUAGAGGAAACUCCGUUCUUAAACAAACCAUACCGUACCGUACUGUACUGUACUGUACCGCUCAGUGUAAACCAGGCAUUUGAAAAUGUUCACACAGGACGUGUUCUUGCAUUCUGAACUUUAAGCAUAAGUUCAUCUCAUAAAUCAUAAGCGCAUUAAGUACAAUUAAUAAGUACACUUAUUGACAUUAGAUUUUCGCUGAGGUUAUUUCAAACAUAAGCAGACGAUUUACAUUACAUUAGUUCACUUUAAAUAAACACUACUGGUCAAAAGUUUGGGGUCAGCAGUAUAAGUAAUCUUCUCCUGCUCACCAAGGCUGCAUUUAUUUCAUCAAAAACACAGUACACAUUGUAAAAUUGUGAAAUGUUAUUGCACGAUAAAAUAACUGUUCAAAAGUAGUCAAUCGUUUAAUUUAAUCAUUUAUUCCAGUGAUUUUAAUGAGGAAUUUUUAGCUUCAUUACUGCAGUCUCAUGAUCCUUCAGAAAUCACUCUAAUAUUUAUU